AUGUCUGAAUCUCUGAAAAUUGUAAUUAUUAUAGCAGAAUGCGAUAAUUUGGCAUGGAAUAGAAUUUCGUACUUUUCUCAAGCACCAAUUCGAGGAUUAUCCAAUGAGUGGAGUGUCAACAAAAAUGCUAUCAUUGAAUGCAUACCACCGUUGGUGACAAUCUCUCUCUGCUUGUCGUCGCAUUUGAACCUAAUUUUUAACACAGAGAAGGUCAAAGAUGUACUCUUAUUCAUUAAACAUGAUCAUAAUUAUUACAUAAACCGGCCAGAAAAUAAGAUUCUUCAAUUUUAUACCACGCAAGGAAACAAAAUUAUAUUAUAUUAUCUCUCGUACCUUUAUUCAACAGUUUUGGCUUUCUUACUGGGUCCAACCAUAUCACUAGUAAUUGAUCUCAUUCAAUCGAAUCAUUCCAAGGAGAAAAGCUUACCAGUCAUAGUCGAUUAUGGCGUGGAUACACAACAAUAUUUUUAUUAUGUGUUCAUACCUGUAUAUAUAGCAAUAUUCAUAGUAGCUAUGGUAAUUUCUACUAGCUAUAGCGCUUACAUGUUAUACGUCCAACAUGCCUGUGCUUUGUUUGCAAUUGUGAGUUAUCAAUUAAAAACUAUACACAUUUUGGAUACAAGUAGCUUGAUAAACUUAAAGGAUCAUCAUUUACUCGAAAAGUAUAAAAAUGUCGAAUUAUCACAGGAAGAAAAGGAGAAGAUUUUUAGAAAACUGUUACUUUGUAUAAAAGAACAUAAAAAUGCAAUAAGAUACUCAAAUCUCGUGGAAUCAUUGUUCGCCAAAUUUAUAUUAGCUCAAAUGUUUUUUCACAUUAUCUGUCUUAGCAUUGGUGGAGUUGGAACUGUCUUGAACUUAGGUAAUACGGACGAAAUGACGCGAUUUGGAUCACUUGCAUUGGCACAAGCUAUACAUAUAUUCAUUCUUUGCCUUCCUGGACAAAGAUUAUUAAAUCAUAGUGAAGAAGUAUAUGUCGCGACAUGUGAGGUAGUGUGGUAUAUGCUCCCUAAAAAGUUUCAUAGUUUAUAUAUGUUAUUAAUCGCAAGGACAAUGAAAUUCAGCAAAAUAACAGCUUUCAAAAUGGCGGUCAUGUCAAUGGAAACGUUUCUCGCGAUUAUUCAAACCACAAUGAGUUACUUCACUAUGUUAUUAUCGACUAUAUAAACUUAAAUGAAAAAUGAAUAUAUCUUAGUUAUAUAUUUAAUAGAAACUAUCAGUAUAAUAUAUUUUGUUCUUUGUAUUUUUAUUUACAAUACAUAC